AUGCGAGGCUCCCAAGUCCAACGUAGCUCACAUUCAGAUGAACAAACUUAUAAAGCAAUUUCUACACGGCAACUAGUGAAGGGAGAGUCAGAGGGCGAGAAUGAGUCCGUUGGGGCAAUGACGUUAGAUGGUGAGCACGACGCCUCAGAGGGAGCAGAGUCAGGACACCAACGACAACCGGGCACCUCUGGGGUAAAUCCCACGCCAGAGAAUGAUCUUGAGAGGCAAAAUGGUAGUGAGGAAGGACGGCCUCCUCUUCCUCCGCGGCCAUCUCUCCUCCAAGGUGCAGACCGUCCAAAUACACCCCUCUCCCCGAGCAAACGAUCUGCAUUACAGUCAAAACCUACGACAGCGGUUUCAUCAGUAGAUAUACAAACUCUCUCAUUUCCCGAUGGCUCCAGGGGAACCUUUCCAACACCGGCGAGCCGGUCAGUGUCUGAAUCAGUACCGGUGCCGGGACUUUCUCCAGGCCAGAGUACGCCAAGUAGGAAGGUCAGCCGCAGUGGGAGCGAAUUUGACGAUAGCACGAGCGUUAUGAGCUAUGCCCCAACUUUAAGAGCGAAUGGAGAUCUUGCAAGUCUACUAAAUGAGGGUCUUAAUUCGAAUAGCCCUGCGUGGCAACUCCUAAGUGCCCAGGCGGAUACUGUGAAUCCAUUUGAGACGGUGAACUACGAAGAGCCCUCGUUGCAGAAUUUCGAGCACGAGUUUGAUGAUAUUGAGGUCGUGGAUAGUAAGAAAGGCAAUGAAGAGGAAGUCCUGUGUCAAUGGAAAUCAAAAUUGAAGCAUUACUUGAUUCUAUCCUCAGCUGGAAAGCCCAUAUACAGCAGGCAUGGAGAUCAAAAUUUAGUCAAUGGCUACAUUGGGAUAAUACAAACCAUUAUCUCCUUUUAUCAGGAAGCGGAAGACCCAUUAAUGGGGUUUACUGCGGGUGGCACGAGAUUCGUGGUGAUGACUGAUGGUCCACUCUACUUUGUGGCGAUAAGCAAGCUUGGAGAAAGCGAUUCCCAGCUUCGAUCCCAAUUAGAAGCAUUAUAUAUGCAGAUUCUUUCAACGUUGACGCUCCCCACCUUGACGCAACUCUUUACAAAUCGCCCCAAUACGGAUCUUCGCAGGCCAUUAGAAGGAACGGAGGGCUUAUUAUCGUCCUUAGCAGACACUUUCACGAAGGGCUCCGCGUCCAGCCUGCUCUCAGCCCUAGAAUGCUUAAAAAUCAGAAAGUCCCAGAGACACACAAUCAACAAUACCCUCUUGAGAACACGCACAGACAGACUCCUCUACGGUCUGAUAGUUGCAGGAGGAAGGCUUGUUAGUGUUAUCAGACCAAAGAGGCACUCACUCCAUCCAAGUGAUCUACAACUAAUUUUCAAUAUGUUAUUCGAAGCCGGAAGUGUGAGGGAUGGUGGGGGAGAAAAUUGGAUACCUUUAUGCCUUCCAGGGUUCAACAACAAGGGUUAUCUUUACAUGUAUGUCAGCUUCUUGAGCGCUCUGGAUGACACGGAAUCCCCAAAUGAGCGACCCUCGACUGCUGAUGGCCGCCGAGAAGAUGAGAUUGCCGUACUUCUCAUCAGCGCGGACAAAGAAGCCUUUUUUGAGCUCAAGCAGAUGCGAGAUGAUGUUGUCCACCAAUUGGACAAGAACGGAAGCAUGAACAUUAUAAAAACCGCUGUACGCCAGGGACGCCCACGCAUAACCGACAUUGCCCCUGGAACUCAACUGCGACAUUUCCUAUACAAAUCACGUGCCAAUGUUCAAUUUGCUAUGCCAUCAUUCUCUCCACACUUUAACAGUCUUCUUACGCGGAGAAGACUAAUGAGCCUCUAUCAUAAUUUGCAUGCUUCAACGCACGCAAAACACUCUCAUGUUAAAGUCCUCCAUUGUGUCAGCGAGGACAGCACCUCUCUAGCAUGGACAUCUCCUGUAUUUGAGUUCUACUGUGUCGCCGGCCCGAACUCGUCGCGGGCUGCCCUAGCCCAAGGCGCAAACCAGGUGAUCCAAUGGGUGAAACGGGAAGAGGAACGGGUGUUCAUAAUCGGCGGCGCUGUAUUCUAG